AUACUGUUGCUUGAUCCGAAGACACGCGAUGAGGUGGCAAGUGAGUGCAGUGAUCUUCCUGGUCACAGCUUCUGCUGUGACCUCAGAAAGUGACCCCAAAGUGUGUUUCAGCUCCGGAUGUGUUUUAGGCACCACCUCUCUGGGCUAUCAUCGUCCCUAUGAAGCUUUCCUGGGAAUCCCCUAUGCACGACCUCCGAUUGCUGGCAGCAGAUUCAGAAACCCUGAGCCAACUGAAGGAUGGACAGGGACAAAGGACUGCACGAAGCCUGCAAAUAUCUGUCCUCAGCUAGAUACCUUCACAGGAACUGGGGAUAUUCUUGGGGAUGAGGAUUGUCUGUAUUUGAAUGUCUAUCGGCCACUGCUGACAAAUCCUCAAAGCCAGAGACUUCCAGUGAUAGCCUACAUCCAUGGUGGUGGAUUUCUCACGGGAUCAGCUCAUCCUGAUUUCUAUGGAGCGGAUUAUUUUAUGGACAACGGAACUGUGAUCUUGGUAACGAUUCAGUAUCGCCUGGGAGCAUUGGGAUAUCUCUGUUCUGGAGACUCUGCCAGUAUGGGAAAUUUUGGCUUAAAGGAUCAAGUUAUGGCUCUUAAGUGGAUUCAGGAUAAUAUAAUGAAGUUUGGUGGAAAUCCCAGGCUAGUAACCGUCAUGGGAGAAAGUGCUGGAGCAGUGUCUGCACAAGUUUUAAUGACUAAUCCUCAAACAAGAUAUUUCUUCCGGCGAGCAAUCCUUUUGAGUGGAUCAAUGGUCUCUGAUUCGAGUAUUGAUCAGAGUCCCAUCAAGCAAUUUCGGAACUAUGCAGCAACUAUAGGACUUCCUAAUUCUGCCACGAGAAGUACGCAAGAUCUCACGGAAGACAUGAGAAAAGUGGACGUGAAGAAGGUCCUAAAUGCCUCUAGUGAGAUAUUCACGAAGGAGCAGUACUCAGUUCCUUACAAGUUCUGCAUUGAAGGUCGCUGGCCAGGAGCCCUUAUCCAAGAGGAUCCUCGAGAAGUAUGGAAGAAAGGCACCUACCGACAUAGAUCGUGGAUGAUGGGAGUGGUAGCCAAUGAAGGGACAAUUGGUAUCGAACUUAUCAACAAUGAAACUGUCCUAAAAGGAUUCAAUGAGAAUCUAGAUGAGAAUCUUGCUAACGUUCUUGAGGUUGAUGUCAAGCGUAUUCCUGCUGUUCGGGAAUUUUAUCUAGGGAACAGUGAACAAGUAGAUGAAACGAAUAAAAUUGGUUUUUUGAAGAUGCUCAACGAUAAACUCUUCUACUACCCCUUCUACGAAUCCGUUCGGCAGUAUAUUCCAUAUGGCAGUAACAAGGGAACUCCCGUCUAUCUGACCAAAUUCAACUACCAAGGCUCUCAAUCCUACACCAGAAAAAUAUUCGGGCUACCUAAGGAUCACGAGUUUGGUGUUGGUCAUGCUGAUGAUCUCAAUUUCCUUUUCACAGCUCCAGCUCUCUUUCCCGAACGCUUCCCCAAGGAUUCUCUGGAUGCAAAGAUGGUUAAGAAGUAUGUCGAGACUUUUGUAGAGUUUGCAACUACAGGAAAACCUCUCAAUGGCGCUGGGGUCAGGAAGUGCAACAGGGCGAACUUUGAUCCUUUCUGUGACUAUCAGGAAUUCCGGAGGAAGACCCUUGAGGUCAAACUUCCAACGGACAUCAUUGAGCAACUGGAGGAUGUUGAAGUUGUCGUAACUAAUUCCUUUGAUACCGAAAUGAUCACCUUCUGGAAAUCUCUUUUAGCUAAAUGAUCAUCUUAUUGUUAAUCCAUGUGAAAAACAUUUUUUUAAUAACAAAAACAUAUUCAACUGUAAAAGAUUCACCGUAUUUAUUUAAUUAAUAAAAUGCUACAUAUUCUCUAAA